AUGGAUACUCGCUUGCCACCUGACCUGCUGGACGUCCUCUCGAACUCUAUCGUUUCCAACAACAUCAUCACCUAUCUUCCACUCGCAUCGCGCUUCGCUUUGAUCAGAACAUGCCAUUCCUACAGAAACCAUCUGCUCAGCAGAUCCGACGCUUUCCGGUGUCUCGACCUUUCCAAAUGCAAAGGUGCCUACAUCCCGUAUAUGCGGGUGGAUUCAGGGGGCCAGUCCUUCAGGGCCGAACGGAUGGACGAGAGUCUCACCGAGGAUGAGUUCCACGCUGGGCCGCUGCGUGGCGUGCUUCGGAAUCUUCAUCGGCAGAAGAUCAUGCCAGCGGUGAACAGCUUGGUAUUAGAUGGCUUGGCGUCCAUUACCAAUGACCUCUUGCACGAGAUGGUCACGUCUAUGGAAUACAACGUUCGUCUCUUGAGUAUACGACGGUGUCCCAACGUCAACCAAGCCAAGUUGCAACAGCUUCUUGCCUAUAUAUGCCGGCCUGGCAGGCCUGAGGGAACGCCACGUCUGCAAGGUCUGUAUAUGUUUACGAAUCCUUCGCAAACAAGACCUCAUACAGAUCGUACCGGGAUCAUCGGAGCAGAUGGGGCUCAACUUGGCGCAUUGCCAACUACAAAAGGGGUUUGGGACGGUACCGAGCCUUACUAUGCGCCAGCAGGCCGUCUGGUGCACCUGACUAAACCGGAUGCCACCUUCUGGGCCCAAACCAUCGGUCUUUGCAAAGGCAUCGUUUGGUUCGAUGCUAUUCUUUGCACCCAUAUGCAUUCCGGGAUGGCGCCGAUGAUCAGCGACAACAUCCGGGAUGAGAGGCCGGAGAUGCCUCCAAUUGCAACCAUUGCUCUGGGCCCUGCUGGAUGCACUGGCUGCGGGCGUGCACCACAAGGGGCACCAGUUUGGGGUCAAAGCGACUUUGAAGAGUUUCCACUUCUGUGGCCACCGCCAGCGUCUGGAAGGAUCGUUGAUGCCAUCCGGCCGCCGCCUCAAAGAUCAAGUGACAACACUGCGACUCAACGUCUCAUCGUAUCGUGUCAGUGGUGUAUUGAUAACCGGCACUGUGAUUCUUGUCACAAAUGGUGGUGCAGCGACUGCUACAAUCCAAAGGAGGGCAAAAACAUCCAGACGGUGGAGGAGCUGCAUGACCAAGGCGCCAUCUCGCAGCAGCGGUCCUUCGAGUCGAACACGUCUAUCAAGGUACUACAAGGUUUCUGCGUCCAAGAAUGUCUCCGUGGCGAGCUCAUGGCGGGUGCGGGAGCAGGUGGGAUGUGGGGCUGA